AAUUUUCGUAGGAUUUAGAAAAAUAAUGAUAAUUUGUAAUUGAAAAAAUAGACGGCGUGCGGUCAUCUCCAAAAACCCAAGUACUGAACCCUAAACCAUUUCCAUUUCCAUUUCCAUGGAGCUCUAAAUAACACAUAAUAGAUACAUAUACAUACAUACAUACAGAGAGAGAGAAAAAAAAUGUUGAGGAGAAGAUUAGUUUCACUUAUACCCACCUCCAUCCGCGCUGCUCAAAAUCAGUUCCAGAAACCAUCGUCGAUAAUUCCCCUGCAGUGCGGUUCGCUGCAAUUCUCACAAUGCCGGGGUGAAAUCUGGAAGCCCGACUACUUUGAUAUGGGAAGUGCGAGGAGGGCUUACAGCAGCAGCAGCCUAUUGGCGUUGAACGAUCUGAGAGACAAUCCAGGGGCCCGUCAGCAGAAGACCCGUAAGGGUCGUGGUAUCGGGUCGGGUAAGGGUAAGACUGCGGGCCGUGGGCAUAAGGGUCAAAAAGCCCGUGGUACUAUGAAAUUCGGGUUUGAAGGUGGUCAGACCCCUCUCCGCCGCCGCCUUCCCAAACGGGGUUUCAAUAAUCCAUUCAGUCUCACAUUUCAGCCAGUUGGCUUGGGAAAAAUUGCAAAGCUGAUAAAUGCUGGGAAGAUAGAUUCUUCAGAAUUGAUCACAAUGAAAACUCUCAAGGAAUCAGGGGCCAUAGGGAAGCAAAUCGAAGAUGGAGUUAGAUUGAUGGGGCGCGGGUCCGAACACAUUAAAUGGCCCAUCCAUCUCGAGGUUUCGAGGGUUACUGUAAGGGCAAAAGCAGCAGUUGAAGCUGCUGGUGGAAGUGUGAGGAGAGUUUAUUACAACAAAUUAGGGUUCCGUGCACUUUUAAAACCGGAGUGGUUUGAGAAGAAGGGAAGAUUAAUUCCAAAAGCAGCAAGGCCUCCGCCAAAGCAGAAGGAUAAAGUCGAUAGUAUUGGCCGUUUGCCUGCUCCUACUAAGCCUAUACCUUUUACUACUGAAGAUGAAAACGACGACGAGCCUACGUCUGAUGCUGCUGCUGCUGCUGCUUCAACUGCAUGAGAAUUGCUUUUCUGUAUUGAUCGGUUUUUAGCUGCCGUGUAUUCGACGAGUAAGAAUAAUAUAACAAGUUUCUUUUGAACUGUUCAAAUUUGUGCAAGACUCUCUUUGGAUAUCAAAGAAUAACAAGAAUUGUGGGUGGAGGAGUGAUCUUGAAAAGUAGCGUUCAUGUAUUUCUUAUGAUCUAUACCUGUAUCUGAGUGUUAGAUUUGCUGCAAAAAUCUAGAUUCGUAGUUUUAACAGCAGAACAUUAUUGAUUAAAAAUAAAUACUAAAGGCUCUUCAU